AUCUCAUUCGCCAAUCUCAGUACGACAUUCAGACCUCACCACCAUUCAUUGUCACCGCGAGUCGCGGUUAGCCAUUUGGGUUGUCUCCAGUAAUCUCAUACACACGCUCUUUCCAAUUCUGAUGAACUCUCACUUCCCGGAUCGGCUAGUGACAUUUGUUUCCCUCUCCGUGCUGUGAACGGAAACUGCAAGAGUCUAAACCCUAAUGCCAGCGUAUGAGCGUGGAGCGGUGCCAAGUUCGGCAUACCACUAAGUCGUCUCACGGCCACCUGUCAAUCUGAAUAAGCAAAGUGACAAGAUGGCCGAUGAGCCAGAAGCCCAGCCAAAUGGUGUCAGCGAGACCAACGACACUAGCGAAUCCAACAAUAUCGAAUCCGUCAACGACACCAUGGUAGAAGCGACUGGCCCGGUGAAAAGCCCGCCAUUUUCCUGGCUACAACCGCAUCCCAUUUUUGUCAUUGCCCUAGUCGGCCCAGAAGAAACACCGUUCGGUAUCCAGAAAGACUUCCUAUGCUCCAAGUCGACGUAUUACAACAAAUACUUUAGCGAAAACCCCAAUGAGGGCUCGAUUGAGAAUCUUGUGAGGCUACCAGACACACCCGUGGAAGUAUUCGCCUACGCCCAGAACUUCCUUUACACAGGCCAAGUCUUUCCAUCUCUCGACAACCUCCCGAGCUAUGAGGUGCUCAUCGGUGUCUGGAAGCUGGGCCAUGAUCUGGGCAUAGCUGGUCUUUGCGAUGCCACCCUUGAAGCCAUGGCCGAGUGCCGCCGCGUGACCCAACACAUUCCCGCAACACCGCUGCUCGUCCAGGUAUGGAAAGACACGCCCGAGGGUUCUUCGAUCCGCAAGCUUCUCCUCUCGUGGGCCGCAGAGUAUAUGAGAUCGUCCGAGUCCCGAGCCGAGUUCGCGCGGUCGCUGCCACAGGAAGUGUUGAGCGAGCUGGUUGUAGCUAUGAGCUCACUCGACAGUCCCCCAAUCAUGCCCAUCGAUGGCGGGGCUGUAGCUCCCGCUGCCCCUACAUCCGGAGCCCAGCGUCGUGCCGCCGAACCGGACGAGGGCGAGGCGCGUCCGACGAAGAAGCGGCGUGCGUCAGACGCCGGGAUGAACGGCGUCUCGUCAGCUGGUACGCUGUCGUCCGCCCGGAAGCAGGGAGCCAGGAUGUCACUGCCGUCGGCGAAGCCGGCGUCCAAGCCCGGCCCAAAGCGGAGGGUCAGCGCGGCCGCCGGUGGCAAUCAACAGUUCUCUACAAACCAAAAGCUGAACUUCUGCGCUGACUUGCUGACAAGGAUGCUUUCCGGCCCAGGGUUCUGGACGCGCGUUGUUGGGCCCUUCAAGGAUCCCGUCGACCCAGAGCGGGACGGCGUGCCCGACUACUUUGACGUGGUCAAGAAACCAAUGGAUUUGAGCACCAUGAAGGCCAAGAUGGACCGGCGUGAGUACGCCGAUGAGACCGAAUUCCUGGCCGACAUGAACCAAAUCUUCACCAAUUGUUACACGUACUGGAACGAGCAGGACCCGAUGUGGGCCGCUUGCGAGAAGCUGCAAAAGUCGUUCGAGGACAAGUUCAACCAGAUGAACAAGUGGAUUGCCAAGAUGGAGGGGGAUGAAGGGAACUAGUGUGUGGCUGGGACCUGUUAUUGAUAGCAUGGAGUUUGAGGGAGCGGGCUUUGGCUCUUUCUUUCUUUCUCUUUCGACGGGCGGCUUGCAGGCCUGUCUGGUUCUGGGUGGGUUUCAUGACGGUUCGCUGGGACCGCGGUUCUGCCCUAUCCAGACUGGGAUGACAGCGAGGUCCGCUGAGUUGUAUUAGCCUGGAACGGUAAGGAAAACAGAUUGUAAGAUGACGAUGUUGUAUAGUAAGGUCGGCGGGAUAACACUACAUUCGGGCAUAUGGGUCUCGGUAGAUAAUGGACACCCUAAUGAUGGGGCCCAUUGUAAUUGAUUGACCCCUAGGGCAGAAGCAGUUGAUAUCAACCUGCUUGCAAGCCUGUGGCCAAGAAUACGGAUACAGUCAUCCCU